AUAUUUAAUAGGUAUUACUGGUACUGGGCUGCGACAGACGAGAUCUACAGAGGCUAGCAUUUAUUCGAAGGCGGAAGCGAAACCGAAACCAUCAACAUGUUGACCAGGUCCUUAGUAUCAAUCGCGCUAUGCGGUGUGUUGAUCGCGCCCCUAUUGCACGGCGCCAAUGCCGCCCAGGAGGAGGACUCCGCCGGCAAGCAGGCGGAGAAACAGUUCGCUGUGGAGCUGGACCCGGCGACCUUCGACUCCACCAUUGCCGGCGGCAAUGUCUUCGUCAAGUUCUUUGCCCCAUGGUGCAGCCACUGCAAGCGCCUGCAACCGCUCUGGGAGCAACUGGCCGAGAUCAUGAACGUGGACGAUCCCAAGGUGAUCAUCGCCAAGGUGGAUUGCACCCAGCACCAGGCCCUGUGCGGCGCCCACCAGGUCACCGGCUACCCCACCCUCCGCCUGUUCAAGCAGGGCGAGAAGGAGUCUGUUAAGUUCAAGGGCACUAGGGACUUGCCCGCCAUCACGGACUUCAUCAACCAGGAGCUGAGCACACCCGCCGAGGCCGACCUGGAGGAGGCGAAGCGCGAGGAAACCGAGAACCCCAACCUGGGCAAGGUGGUGGACCUCACCGAGGACACCUUUGCCAAGCACGUCUCCCAAGGCAACCACUUUGUCAAGUUCUUCGCUCCCUGGUGCAGCCACUGUCAGCGCCUGGCCCCCACAUGGGAGGAGCUGGCCAAGGAACUUGUGUCGGAGCCCGCCGCCACCAUCUCGAAGAUAGACUGCACUCAGUUCCGGUCCAUUUGCCAGGACUUUGAGGUGAAGGGCUAUCCCACUCUGCUGUGGAUCGAGGACGGCAAGAAGAUCGAAAAGUACUCCGGAGCCCGCGACCUGGCUACCCUGAAGACCUACGUGGAGAAAAUGGUGGGUGUGCCCAGCGAGGGCAAGGCAGCGGAUGACAAGGAUGCCGUCCAGGAGCCCGCUGUCGAGGACGAGAAGAAGCCGAUCGUCCAGGCGGUGAGCGGCGAGGAGGAGUUCGACAAGGCGAUCGCCGAGGGCAUCGCUUUCAUCAAGUUCUAUGCCCCGUGGUGCGGCCACUGCCAGAAACUGCAGCCCACCUGGGAGCAGCUGGCCACUGAAGCGCAGCAGGCGGAGACCGACGUGAAAAUUGCCAAGGUGGACUGCACGGCGCCGGAGAACAAGCAGAUCUGCAUCGACCAGCAGGUGGAGGGCUAUCCCACCCUCUUCCUUUACAAGAACGGAAAGAGGCAGAACGAGUACGAGGGCAGCCGCUCGCUACCAGAGCUCCAGUCCUACCUCAAGAAGUUCCUUGGCCACGACGAGCUCUAAGCGUGGAUCGCAAGGACGAUGAGGAGGAGGAGCAGAGUCAGCAUCAACAGUCAAAGGAACAAUGUCACCCGCCAAACUAACUUUAAUCGUAAUAUCUCCUCUCUAUGUUCGAGCCACCCCACCAGCAGGAAGAGCUGCUGCCUCCAUGAGGCACUCGCAUUUACCCAACAACCGCCCGAAAAACAAAAAAACAACAAAAAGCCAACACAGGACACUGCAUGGACUGUCAACAUGGCCCGCUGGAUCCAAUAUCUCGUCCUUUUCUUCCAACUUAUGUAGUUGUGUGAGCCGCGUCUGGUUUCCCCUUCUAUUUGUUUUUGUGUUUUAGUUUACUUCCGUGGGAGACUGGACUUUGGGCGCGAAUGGCCAUUUAGCUUUUAUUUCCGAUUUUAACAUUUAUUUGUGGCCUGCCCGCCACUCUUAGGUCAUUUUUAGGGAAAAUUGUCAACAAAAUAAACGCAGAAAUAAACAACAUCUGUCGGAAAUCGUAA